UGCACAUGGUCUGUUACUCCCUAAACUUAACCUUUUGCUAUCAUUCGGUCAUUGAAAGAGACGAAGAAUGUUUAAAAUCGGUUUACAUUAAAACUAAUUUUUAAUAAAAAAAAAUUGAAUCUGUGAUAAUACAAUCAUAGAUUAUGGCGAUGUUUGAAGCAUUGAGGAAGGAUUACAGUGAUUAUCUGCAGCAGCAUUUCAAGCUGUCAGAUGUCUCGUUGUUUCAAAAAAAGUGCAUUGAACGUUAUGCAAAUGAGAGCGACAGAAAAGCAGCAGUUGAUCAGGCACUUCGAGAUACUCUGCUGGUUGUACUGAUGGAAAAUGCAUCGGGUAAUGUGCGUUCUCUUGAAACCUACAUCACCUUCUGUAUAGAGCUAUGCAGGAAGGAUCUCGCAACGGCGAGCAUGCCAGUGAUGCUACUAGGUGAUAUCUUCGACUCAAUGACACUGGAUAGAUGCGAACAGUUAUUUACUUUUGUGGAAAACAAUGUCAAUGUGUGGAAAGAAGAGCUGUUUUUUACUGCUUGUAAAAAUAAUUUGUUGAGAAUGUGCAACGACCUGCUAAGGAGAUUAUCACGUUCGCAGCAAACUGUAUUUUGUGGUAGAAUUCUGCUGUUCCUUGCAAAGUUCUUUCCCUUCUCCGAGAGGUCUGGUUUGAAUAUUGUCAGUGAAUUUAAUCUGGAAAAUCACACGGAAUUUGGCGUUGAAAAAGCAGAGGAGGAUGAUUUAGAGCAGAUAACUAAAGAUGAUGAUAAAUUGGAAAGCAAGAUACCAAUUGAUUAUAAUUUAUAUAGAAAGUUCUGGGCUCUGCAAGAUUUUUUCAGAAAUCCAAAUCAGUGUUAUAAUAAAAUGCACUGGAAGGUUUUUUCAGCUCAUGCAUCUAAUGUGCUGUCAGCGUUUGCUUCUUUUAAAUUGGAAGAGCAACGUAGUUAUCCUACGACAUGCAUGAAGAUGGAUACUUCCACAGAAGGUUCCCACAAGGAAACGCACUAUUUUGCAAAAUAUUUGACCAAUCAAAAAUUAUUAGAGUUGCAGCUAUCAGACUCCAAUUUCAGACGAUAUGUAUUGCUGCAAUUUCUCAUUCUUUUCCAGUAUCUGAAUAGCACUGUAAAAUUCAAGGCCUUCCUUGCCAGUGGCUAUGAGACAAGUGAGACACACGAGCUCAAGCCAGACCAAGUUGAGUGGGUGAAGACUACUACCGAACAAGUUUAUACUCUACUGACUGAAACACCACCUGAUGGUCCAAUGUUCGCGGAGACAGUGAAAAACAUCCUGAAACGCGAGGAGCAUUGGAAUGCAUGGAAAAACGAGGGUUGCCCGCCAUUUAAACGACCGGCAUCAGAGGUUGGUGGUGACGAGCCGCGAAAAAUAAGGAAGCCAAAACGACGUAUUGGUGACAUGAUUAAAGAUGCGCAAGCGAUUGGCAAAUAUCACAUGGGAAAUCCAGAACUAACUAAAUUAUGGAACCUAUGUCCAAACAAUCUGGAGGCAUGCAAAUCUAAAGAUAGAGAUUUUCUCCCAUCUUUAGAAACAUAUUUUGAAGACGCUAUAAUGGAAUUGGAUCCUGCUGCAAUGGUCGAUGAUAAGUACAAGAAGGUUAACGAUGGUAACUUUGGUUGGAGGGCGCUAAGGUUGUUAGCAAGGCGAAGCCCACACUUUUUUGUUCACGGCAAUAAUCCUAUAAAUAAAUUGCCUGAAUAUCUCGAGGCAAUGAUAAAAAAAAUUGCCAAGGAUCGUCCACAGACACAGUCUGAUACAAAAUUGGAAACCGAAGAGACACCACCAUCUGAAUCUACCGAUCAAGAAUUUAACGAGGACGUUUUGAAGCAGGAAAGUGAGCAGGUAGAUGCCGAAAACGCUGACAUGAAAGCUAGAAAGUUGAAUAAAGUUACACCAGAAAUGGUGGCAAAAUUAUCGGAGAGUUUGAAAAAUGAUUGGAAAAAAUUAGCGACGAAAUUUGGUUAUACAAAUGAUGAGAUUGCGUUUUUCCAAAGCAAAGCAACUCCAUAUGAGCAAUGUAAGACUAUGCUUGAAAUAUGGGCGGAAGAGGACGAGGAUGCAUCUGUCGAGAAUUUAGCUUAUAUUUUAGAAGGUUUAAAGUACACAGAGGCAUUAACGAUACUAAAAUCUUAAAUAAUUUAAUUUAUUGAGUAGAAAUAUUAAUUGUGCAUCAAUCAGCAUGACAUACAAAACUGUAUCAUAUUUUAUCAUUUGUAAUAAAAUUUUCAACCUUUUCAUCAUAUAUAUAUGCAUUUUAGAUGGAAAUAAUAAAAUGAACUCUCGACUAUUUUGCUUAA